AGAGAGAUGCUCUGGUUGCCUGUCCCCGGAAGUAAUGCUCGAAGGGCCCUCCCCUGAGGAAGUGACGGCGGGAGUGCCCUUGACGAGCGGGGAGGGCCGGGCUGUGCAUCCCUCCGCUCGCGCUGCAGGGAGAUGGCUCAGCGACUUCUCCUGAGGAGGUUUCUGGCCUCCGUCAUCUCCAGGAAGCCCCCUCAGGGUCGGUGGGCACCCGUCACCCUCAGGACCCCGCAGUGCAGUCCUGGUAACCUGACAGUAACACCUAACCAAGCCCGGUCAGUAUACACCACCAGAGUGUGCACAACCACCUUUAACAUCCAGGAUGGACCCGACUUUCAAGACCGAGUUGUCAACAGUGAAACACCGGUGGUUGUGGAUUUCCAUGCACAGUGGUGUGGCCCAUGCAAGAUCCUGGGACCAAGGUUAGAGAAGGUGGUGGCCAAGCAGCACGGAAAAGUGGUGAUGGCCAAGGUGGAUAUUGACGACCACACAGACCUCGCCCUAGAAUAUGAGGUAUCAGCUGUGCCCACCGUGCUGGCCAUCAAGAACGGGGACGUGGUGGACAAGUUUGUGGGCAUCAAGGACGAGGACCAGCUGGAGGCCUUCCUGAAGAAGCUCAUUGGCUGACAAGCAGGUCUGUAAUAAAGAACUUUAUGUGAUUCCCUUCUACCUCCUGCUCUGAAGAACAGACCCUAGGCUCCACACAAAAUUACCCUGGAGCCACCGCCCCCCAAAGAGCCACCUCCCUUCCUCCCGGGCACAAGGGCAGAGAACACACACAUGGGGCAGGAGGAGGGGGGCGUCCUCAGAACCC